AUGACGUCGACGGAGCGUCGUGACGUUUCUCGGCGCGGACCGGUGACGCCGCAGCCGGAGCGCGCGGGGAGCGGAGAGGAAGAGAGUCGCGCUGAGGGGAUGCCGGUGAGUGUGACGCCGAGGGGGCCGCGCCCGUCGUGUCAGGGCGUGUCAGCACUCUGCACAUGCCCAGAGGGUGACCCUGUCGCUUUUUUUAACGGGCCCUUCCGCCGAAGACCUCAGGCGGCGCGCGGGGCCUCCCUCGUCACCCGCACAACAACCCAGCGAGGUAGGCUAGGCCGACAGCGAGGGAGCUGGGCGGCGGGCGCCUCGCGGAGACACAGGCAGAGACAAACACAAAAGAACCGAAGAUAAAGUGUAUAAAAAGGAGACACCCCGGAGCGCCCGUGCCCCCCCCCGCCCUUGCAGCCUCUCUCAGCUGAAAGACAAGGCUGGGAAGCGGCCUUCUAGUCACCUGGCCAGGCCGCUUCUCAGUGUUGCUGGCACUGACUGGCAGCAGCCCUUCAAGGGAGGGAGAGAAUGCUUGACUCUUCGCUUUGAGACCAGCCUCCCCUUUUAAAGAGUUCGGCCUAUCUCUCUCUCUCUCUUGCUUUUCAUUUCCUCAGAUGGUCAAAGUCCAGCUGUAAUUAAGAUUAAAAUCUUCCUUGGAGGUUUUUAAGCAGAAGUUGGAUGGCCAUCAGUCACAUAUGAUCUAGUUGAGAUUCCUGCAUUGCAGGGGGUUCGACUGGAUGACCCUUAGGGGUCCCUUCCAACUCUACAGUCCAUGCAACCGCUGUGAUCCAUAGUAAUCACCUUUGCCCUCCCCCAGUUAGGGCCAGCUCUCCCAUUAGGAAAGGUGAGGCAACUGCCUUGAGUGGCAGGAUCUACAGGAGCAGCAGAUCUGACCUCCAGGACACACAUCACAUGUAGAUCUUCAUUUCCAAUGAUAAUCUUCACUCCCUACCCCCUGUUCCUGGUGUAGAGUUCCAGUCCCUCUGACAAGGAGAGUGCAGGUGCCAAAAUAGCUUGGACCAGCCCUGCCGCUUUUCACAUUUCUUUACCCUGGUGUUUCCUGAGGUUGUCUGUUUUUAAAUGUAAGCUCCCUUGAAGCUUUUCCUUGGGCUGGCUCCAUGUCUGAAGGGGCCUUGGGUGCAAGUGUCCUUUGGCAUAAUAAUAAUAAUAAUAAUAAUAAUAAUAAUAAUUUAUUAUUUAUACCCCGCCCAUCUGGCUGGGCUUCCCCAGCCACUCUGGGCAGCUUCCAACAAAAUAUUAAAAUACAGUAAUGCAUCAAACAUUAAAAGCUUCCCUAAACAGGGCUGCUUUCAGAUGUCUUCUAAAAGUCUGGUUGUUGUUCUCUGAUGGGUGGGCGUUCCAAAGGGCGGGUGCCACUACCAAGAAGGCCCUCUGCCUGGUUCCCUGUAACUUGGCUUCUCGCAGUGAGGGAACCGCCUGAAGGCCCUCGGCGCUGGACCUCAGUGUACGGAUAGAACGAUGGGGGUGGAGACGCUCCUUCAGAUAUACUGGACCAAGGCCCUUUAUUCCUUGGUUGCUACACUUUUAAUUUCUCACAGUGCUUCAGAAUGACAGCAGGCCACUCACAUUGUGUAAAUUUAAAAAUGUCACUACAUCUAGCUACCUGGUGCUGCUAAGACUGCUUUGUGACGUGAGUAGGGCAGGAAUAUGAGGCCCAAGGCUGGCAUCCAUGUCGGGUCUUGCUAGAUCCUGGCAAGCUAUGUAUGUAUGUAUUUAUUUCAUGAAAUUUGCAUACCACUUGAUUGUUUAAAAAGCCAUCAAAGCGGUUUACAAAAAGAGAAAACAAGAAAAUCGUGAAAAAUUUGCAACCACAAUUCAAAACAUACCAAAGUUAAAAUACUUAAAUAGAUUAAAAUUACCUAAAGCUAGAGGCCCUGGCAACAAGGAUGGCAGGUGCUGUUGCCAGCUCUGGUUUUGCCUGCUGCUAUGUAAAUUUAAGGCCUUUCAUUCUCCACGUUUUCAGUCUCUGACAACUUCCAGGGUGGCGUACAAAACAAUUCUUAAAGGAGAACUGUGCAUAAUUAACAAAUAAUAAUAAUGAAUAACAGAAGAGCACAGAUAAAAUCAAUGUGGUCUCCCCAAUCUAACAAUGCAAGUAACAGAUAUACUUAAGUAAAGGAUUUACCUGAUGUUAAACAGACAUUUCUUUCUUUAUUUGAGUUUUUUAUUUUUAAAAAAUAUCAUGUUACGGAGCAUUAGACCGCAGCAGCAGGCAAGCUGCUCCAGGGGGAGUGUUUCACAGAUGGCUCCCCACAACUAAGAAGACCCUUCUCUAGCUGGUUGGUUGGUGUCUGUUGCACGUCUAUAGGGAGAGGCACCCAGUGAUGGGACUCAAGGACAACCUGGGCAUUUGAGUAGAUUUGUGUGGGCGUAGGCAAUAAUUUUUAUUUUUUUAAAAAUAAAUUUUGUCACUGAAACCUAAGAAAGAAAACAAUACUAGCAAGUCAUAAUACACUAACACAAAGGAAAGGAAAACAAAUAGAUAAUCCUUUUCAGUGAAAUCUUCUACAUGUCUACUUAGAAAAAUGUCCUGGUAAACAGAAUGGAUCUUACUCCCAGGUUAAGUGUGGAUAGGAGUGUAUAGCCUUUGUUACCUGGAUGUAAACUACAGGUGCCUUUAAAGUGGGAAUGAGCAACCUAUGGCUCUCCAGAUGUUUUUUGACUUCUGAUCCUGUCAGCUCUAGUAGCAAUGAUGGCAAUUGCAGUUCAGUGACAUCAGGAGGGCUUUAUGCAGGCUUUAAAGAUCAGCAUACCAGCACUGUGUACAAUAACAGUCUGCUGUUUCAUCAUAACUAUCAUCAGCAUCUUUAUCCCCAAAUUGCUGUUACUAGGAAGUGGUGGUGCUAUGGUUUAGAGCAGGGUUUCCCAAACUUGGGUCCAGCUGUUUUUGGGCUAUAACCCCUAUCACCCCUAGCUAGCCGUACAAGUGGUCAGGGAUGAUGGGAAUUGUAGUUCAAAAACAUAUGGAGGCCCAGGUUUGCAGUGAUGUUUCCCGGGGCUAGAUCUUGUCAUAGGGAGCAGAUUCAGAAGUGAAGCUCUAAAUAUCAGCAAGAGAUCAAAACUGAGCAGGAUUUUUCUCAUGAUGCUGAUAAUCUUGCUGGGUGUACAACAUCUUCCUUUUUCAAUUUCACCCCACCAACCGCACUCUCCUCGUUGUCUCUCCACCUCCCCAGGUGCGGAUGGCGACCGCAGUGCCUCCCAUGCAGAGCCUGCGCUUGGAGAAUGCGUCUAUCCUGUCCGAAGGGGCGCUGCAGGAUGGACAUCGCUUGUGGAUUGGAAACCUCGACCCCAAGAUUACAGAGUGAGUGAGGGGCAAGGAAGGGAGGGGCUUGGGAUUUAGCUCUUGAGUGGCAGGAAAAGAAGGGGGUUCUCCAAAGAAAAUAAGAAAACAAACCAUCAUUUCUGUUUUGCUGCUAUUUGAACUCAGCUUCUGCUAUCAUUUAAUUUUCUGUUUAAUUCCUGUCCACUGUGCCAAUUUUACCUACAUCUUUGUUAUCCCAGUGGCUGAGUCUAGGGGAUUAUCAUCAUCAUCAUCAUCAUGACAGUUAAUUUAUUUGUUGUUUAGUUGUGUCUGACUCUUCGAGACCCCAUGGACGCCAUGCUAGGCACUCCUGUCUUCCACUGCCUCCUGCAGUUUGGUCAAAUUCAUGUUAGUAGCUUCGAGAACACUGUCCCACCAUCUCAUCCUCUGUCGUCCCCUUCUCCUUGUGCCCUCCAUCUUUCCCAACAACAGGGUCUUUUCCAGGGAGUCAUCUCUUCUCAUGAGGCGGCCAAAGUAUUGGAGCCUCAGCUUCAGGAUCUGUUCUUCCAGUGAGCAUUUGGGGCUGAUUUUCUUCAGAAUGGAUAGGUUUGAUCUUCUUGCAGUCCAUGGGACUCUCAAGAGUCUCCUCCAGCACCAUAAUUAAUUUAUUAGUUGUCUUCUAAACUGCCAUCUCAAGGCAAGUUACACAAAAUAAUUAAAAGCAGUUUAAAAACACAAAACCAACAAGACUAAAAUACUAACGUUGGUGGUAAACACCCAUUCAUCCAGCUGGGAAAACCGGUCGAAACAAAAAUGUCUCCAGCUGUUUCCAGAAAGUGUGCACCUGUUGUAUCUUGAGCAGGAGUGCUAUUCUACAGCACAGUGGAGCUACUAAAAAAGCCCUUCUCCAAGUUACUGUGGAGCGGGCGUCUGAGAUCUUUGGAAUUUGCAGGAGAGACUCUUCCAUGGACUGGUGUGAACUAUUGGGUGCAUAUGCGAUAAGUCAGUCUGUUGAGUAACUUGGUCCUGAGCUGUAUAGGGACUUGCAUGCUAGUACCAAAACCUUCAACUUGGCCCAGCAGUAAAUUGGCAGCCAGUGCAAAUCCUGAGUGCAAGGUGUUAUAUGCUGGCAGUCGUUUGCUCCCACAAUCAACCUAGCCGCCAUGCUCUGCACCAGCUGCAGCGUCCAGACCAACGCCGAAGUGUAGCCUCACAUAGAGCACAUCUCAGUAAUCCAGCCAUAAGGUUAGCAGUGCAUGGACAACUGAGAUCCAGCUAACUUGAUCCAGGAAUGGCUGUAACUGCCUUACCAAGUGUAGUUGGGUCAACCUUUGUGCCUGUGGCGAGGCCUGGUGGCUGACAGUGCCUUGAGAGAAACUCCAUUGGCCCAAGCCCCUUCGGGCUUCCUCCGAGCUGCUUCUCUAAUAAUCGCAGCUGUGUGCACACCCCAGUCCCAUUUCUGGUGGCGGCGAACGUUUUUAAGUGUGUGCAUUUGACAUUCCCUUGGCCUCCAAAUGAUUAGCGCGUUUAAAUUGCGUGCUAACACAUUUGAGCAAGUUGAAGUGGGGCAAUUAAACGCUGAGGGAGGAGAGCUUGAUUGCUCAGAGGGAUAUUAGAUGUGCCGGGCCAGGGGUUCUGGUGGCCGUCUUUCCUCUCCCCACCCCACCCCCGCAACACACUUUACAAAACAAUCUCCAAUUUAUGCAUUCCAAGUAGCUGUUCUUGUUUUAUCGCCCGGAUAUUGUGGGCCUCUCAGCUGUGGAAGCAAUUUUUGCCCGGCUUCUUGUGUUUCGGGAAGUGCCUUGAGGUUUUUGUUCCAAGUGCCGUUCCUUUCAGCCCGGCAGCACUCAUAAUCGUACCUCUAAGUGGAGUCCAUCAUUAACGUAAUGCCCUCUUCAGGCGACUCAUUCAGCGCUGCACUGGCUGGCCUCUUCUCAGUUUUUGCAUUAAUUACCAUUUUUUGCCCAGUGUUUAUAUUUCUGUGGCUUCUUGGGGGUGAGUAAUUGUGAGCACUGCUCAAUUGACAGGCUGCCUGGGCCUUUUGGGGAAGGGCCUGUUUGGAAAGUUGGGGGUGGGAAUUAAAGGCCCAGGAGGUGUGCAAGGAGAAAAGUACAUGUUAGGCCUGGUUGACCUGCCCCUUAGGGAUUUCAGAUUCUCUACCUGGCCAAACAGAGGCAUUCUAGGUUUUGUUGGGGGUUUUUUUUUUGCAUAUACCUUACAAGACAGGGAACAUCCAAGACAGUUUUCUUUCCCUGAAAAUUCUGACCCCAGCAUCUAGGAAAUGAAGUUCAUUUGCCUGACUUUGUAAAAUCUGACAUUUUGAAGCUUCUGUAGAUCUGGGGCUACAGAGUUAGUGGCGUUGAGUGAAUUGUUAAGGGAGCUUGGACUUAGAAAAGGUGGGGUGCUUAGCUUCAAACCUUGCCUUUGUCAGGUGCUUGUUGACCCUUGUGGACAUCCAGAAAAUGCCCUCCCACUAGAACAUAAGAAGAACCUGGCUCCUGGAUUAGAACAAAGGUCCAUCUAAUACCUGCUCUUUGCAGCCAAACAAAAUCCACCACAGGGUCUGCUAUUGUCAUCCGGCCAUUAGUAUUUAGAUGUAGACUGCCUCUGAACAGAGAGGUUCCAUUUAGCCUUUAUGAUUACCAGCCGCUGAUAAACUUCUCCAUGAAUUCAUAAUUUCCUUUUCCAAAGUUGCCUGUGUGUGUGUUUCCUAUCUCCAGACAUGCCAGUGCUCCUUCAGCAGCAAAACCUGCUCACAUGUUGAAAGCAAGCGCCUAAGAGGAAACACUAAGAGCAGCUUUUCUCAACCUUGGGUCCCCAGAUGUUGUUGGACUGCAACUCCUAUCAUCCCUGACCACUGGUCCUGCUAGCUAGGGAUGAUGGGAACUGUAGUCCAACAACAGCUGGGGACCAAGGCUGAGAAACAUUGAUUUAGAGCCUAUCUUCCCCCUUUUAAAAAGGCUUUAUGCGGCCAGGUGGGUAGUGUUUACUGUCAGCAUCCUUCGGGGGUCGAGAGGCCAGUUGGCUAACCCCCAGCUGGAUCAUGCCCUUCCAGCCAUGAUGAUCCCCCGACCUCUGGUGCGAUGCAAAUCAGCAACUCAGACUUCAAUGCCUUAGCACAGUAUAUCAGCAGAGCAUACUGCACAAACAGAAGAGGUGUGAAGCUUGUGGAAACAUACUAACAAGCUGCGGAUUUAUUAAGCAUAAAUCAGGACAAAAGAAACAUGUCAUCUCUUUUUCCGCCUCCUCAGAGAGAGAGUCAAAAGCAAAAGCUAUACACAACGGAAGUUCCCAACAAACUGUGCUAGAAUGUAAACAGACAUGUGAUAUUUAACAAUCUCACACAUCUGUAACUUAAGGUUGAAUUUUCCAACAUGGGAGGAGCAGUCAAAUAUCCCUCCCUCCAACCUGCCCCCCAUAGCAAUAUAAUUCUAGGAAUCCCUUCUGUAUUCUGAGUGCAGUUGUCCAACUGUGGGCUGGUGCUUCAUCUGUUUCCAACCCAUAAAAUGUGGAUACCAGCAAGCUAGCUCACAAGGUUGUUGUCAGGGCAGGGAACAAUUAAAUCAUUCCGCUUGAUCAAAGUUCCACAGAAGGUGGAUGGAUGGCAAUGGGUUAUUUUAGAACGGGUUGGCCCUUCAGCAAUUCACAUAAGCUCAGCCUUGUAGCCUUUGAUGUUUGUAUGACUCUGAAUAAUGUUUUUGAAAUCCAAUUUAGUCAAAGAGCCUGGGUCAAACUUUCAUAGGGCACAGUUGUCCUGCUUAGCCGAAUGUAAUGGUUUAACAUUGCUUGUUUAAUUCCUUUGGAAUAAUUAUUAUUAUAUUUAUUUACACCCCACUUUUGUCCCAGACAUCCAACUCUGAUUAAAAACAACACAUAUAAAAUACAAGAAGCUAUUAAAAAAAAUAGUUAAAAACAAUUUAACUCUAAUAGAAUUAAAACAAUAUAAAGGCAUAUAUAUUGAAAUGCAGAUAGUAAAAACAGCACUUUCUGUAAAAAACAGUAAGUCCCCAAAAGUCUAUCAGGAUAAAACCGUCGUCAUCUGCCAGUGGAAGGUCAAGGAGAGAGCCAGUCUAGCUUCUCUAGAGAGGGAGCUCCAAAGUCUGGGAGCUGCUGCCACUGAGAAGACUGUCUCCUGCAUCCCCACCAAGAAUGCCUGUGAGGGUGCUGAGAUGGAAAGAAUGGCCUCCCCACAAGAUAUCUGAGCCCGGCUUUGUUUGUGUGUAGGAAUAUGGUCUUUCAGAUAGCCUGGGCCUUUACAGGUCAUAACCAGAACUUUGAACUGUGUCCAGAAACAGACUGGUAGCCAGUGGAGUUGUUAUAACAAGGGAGUCAUAUGCUUCUAUAAUUUGGCUCCUAUUUACAGCAUACUGUACGGAUGUACCUUGGAAGUUGAACAGUAUCCGUUCCAGAAGUCCGUUUGACUUCCAGAACCAAAGCGCAGCCAAUUGGAAGCCGCGGAAGCCCCCCUUGGACGUUCGGCUUCCAAAAAUAGUUUGCAAACUGGAACAGUCACUUCCGGGUUUGCAGCGUUCAGGACCCAAAAUGUUUGGGAACUAAGCUGUUCCAAAAUGAAGGUACGGCUGUAUUUCCAUUUUAAAGAUAAAGGUAAAGGACCCCUGACAGUUAAGUCCAGUCGUGAACGACUCGGGGGUUGUGGCGCUCAUCUCGCUUUACUGGCCAAGGGAGCUGAUGUUUGUCCGCAGACAGUUUUUCCAGGUCAUAUGGCCAGCAUGACUAAGCUGCUUCUGGCGAAACCAGAGCAGCACACAGAAAUGCCGUUUACCUUCCCACCGGAGCAGUACCUAUUUAUCUACUUGCACUUUGACGUGCUUCCGAACUGCUAGGUUGGCAGGAGCAGGGACCAGACAACGGGAGCUCACCCCGUUGUGGGGAUUUGAACCACCGACCUUCCGAUUGGCAAGCCCUAGGCUCAGUAGUUUAGACCACAGCACCACCCGCGUCCCUAUUUCCAUUUUACAAGUGGGGAAUAGCAGAGGGUGAGGGGAGAGAGGAGGAGGAACUUUGGACAGCUAGACUCCAUUGCAUUUUUGGCUGAAACGGCACCAAAACCACAGUCUAGAGUGGGAUGUUAGUUGCUGUUCCUAGCCGGCUUCUGUCCAGUAUUCUAAAUAUUUGUUUCAGUUCCUAAGUAAGGCCUGCCACCCCCUUUUCCAACACACACACAUGUUGAAGACCACUGACCAGAGCUUGGUGAAAAAGGAAGGCUGGGAGCAUGGGGAGACAAGGACACAGGCACUUGGAAAUGGGGGCAAUAUUUCUGUCUAUGACCACACAUGCUCAGGACUAGGGAUUUGUUUUCAAUACUAGAGCUCAGCUCAUAGCCCUGCCACACACAAAUCCAGUCCAGGUUUUCCCCCUAAGUUUUUUUUUCUGUUUCAGAAAAGUGGUGGAGGCAUUUUUGUUUAUGCUCUUGUUAAACUCCUGUGAGUCAACAGUCCUUUUCUUAUCUACUGCAAAGAACCUAAAGUCCCAGCCUACCUUGCUUAAACUGCACUGACUUCCAUUUGGGAGGGUUGUGGUUGUUACCAAGGUUGCAUUGAUGCCACAGUUUGCCCCUUGCAAAAUGCGCUUCUUACAUAGGAGUGCAUGUUACUGUCUUUUAGAUAGAGCAUUGCGUUUUAGCCUCUGCCUCAAUUUAUUUGGGGGGGGGGGGGCUUCGAAAAGGCUAUGCCACAGCUCUGCCUGCUGCAUUGAGUUCCAUCCUGAUAAGCUUUGCUCAGCAAACAGCAUCUUUUAACAACAGCUUGCUAGUUCCCAGUGGGGCAGGAUUCCCAGCCUUAAUGGCUUUAGCAUGUGGCUAGGACCAUUCCCUGUAUCCUUGGGACAGCAUUGUUCAGAGGAAGCCUUGACUCAGUGUUUGAAUAGCUCUUAGGGUGCCAGGAGGAAGACUGGCGGAAAAGGAAGCGGGGCUUGGACGGGCUGUCCCACACUUGCCUUGGAUGACAGGAAGUAGCAAUGGGGACCUGGCUGCAGCCCGCAGCAGAGCUGUGACCUUCCCCUUCCCCUGCCUCGUCCCAGGUAGCCCAUCAAGAUGCUCCAGGAAUUUCCAACUGCCCGGCUUCUUGUUCCUUCUUCACAAUGCAGCUCUCCAGUUUCUCACAAACUCUUUCUGGGCCUCUUUAAUAAUUCCUUGCAUUCAAAAAUACUGGAAGUAAAGAACUGGAAGAUGUGGGAGAAAUGCAGAAUUCCAGGCUGGUGAUGAAUCCAGGAAACUGUCUUCUUGUGACUCAAGGGAACUGAGUGCUAGUUAGUGCCUUUGUAAUCAGCUUCCAGUUUGUGUGUGUAUGUGGUUUCAGAAUAAUGAGCUAGAGGGCGACAUUUGGGUAAACUACACAGCAUAUAGCCACACACACAAACAUAACAGGUGGUUUUUAUAUUUUCUCUAAAAGGAGCAAAGAAAACUACAGUGCUGUAGCAGGCAGUUCCUGUUGGACAGCAAACUCCUCAGAGUGCAAAGGCCCAUGUGCAGAAGGAAAGCUCAACAUGCAGCUCAGCUCAGACCUAAGCAGAGCCAGCAUCCAGUUUCUCCAUAAAUCAAUAAAUUGUGUGUGUGUGUGUGUGUGUGUGUGUGUGUGUGUGUGUAUAACUUUUCACUUAAACAUCACAUGUUAAAAAUUAUAGUAACACCAACACCUAUGCGAUACCAAUAACAACAGAAAAACUGAAGGCAACAGGUUAAAGAACAACAGGCUGGUAUUAAUUCGUAGGGUUCAGGCCGAGAACAUCCUUUGGCUUAUUUGAUGGCCUGUCUGUGAAUAUGCCACAUUUGUAGGUUCCCUGGCUGCUUUCAAGAGUACCAGUGGUUUAUGUACUUAACAGCCUAAUCCUAUGCAAGUCUACUCAGAAUUAAGCUUCUGAGUUCAGUGGGGCUAGCUCCUAGGUAGGUUUGUGUAGGAUGCUGGUUGGGGCUGAUGGGAGUAGGAGUCCAGCAACCUUUGGAAGGACCCUAUCAUUGACCUACAACUCCUCAUAUUCUUUCCGUUUCUGGCUCAUCUUGCUUGGCUAGGCCAGGGUUCCAGGGCUUCCACUGGAAGAUGGUUUCCUGACCAUCUCCUCCUCUCUCAUGUGGACAACCCUGUCUCUGCCAACUUGAGAAAUCCCUUUGUGAAAUGAACAUCAGAGUGGAGAGGGGCAUUGCUAACUUUGCCCAUGUAUGAACACUGCAGUGGUAUUCUAAAUUGUUUUCAGUUCAGCAUUUCUCACCCACCCAGCAAAAUCCGGCAUAUCAUUUAAGCUCAAUGUCCCUGAGGCUUCAUCGCUUUCCAGCUGUGCUCAGUGGAGACACCGCAGGGAAAGAUGCGCGGUGAAUCCUGAUGAAAUCAAGGUUGACGCACAGCCGCACAAACAUGCAUUUAAAUGAGACACCCCAACAGGACUUGCUAAAGGAGAGAGCUAGGUGUGUGCUUCUCUCGGCCAAGUGGCAAAAGGUGUUUGUGUUUUCAGGUGAGGACAAUGUUCUGAACAAUGAUUUUUAUGGGGACAAGAUUAUGGAACCAAUAGGGUAGCGGCCCGAAAAAGGUUUGGAACAACAGCUCUCCAAAGCUUUAAACUAAGAAGAAAAAGUCACCAGUACUUUUCUGGCUUUGUUAAAAGGGCUUUUUGGAUAGAUUUUGCUUUCUGUGCCCAUCAUAUCCCCUCCAGCCACACCACCUCAAGGAAAGUGUGAGGACUACCUCCCCACACCAUAAGACCCGGCUGUUGUUUUCCUUCCACCACUUCAUUAGGGUCUUCUUGGGCCAGGGCAAACUGAGUUGGCCCUUGUUUCCUUCCUGUUCCAGGAACACAUCUGUAGCAACCUGGCCUGGGAGAUCGCUUCAGUUCCUGGAAUGUCCUUCCUUGUACUGGGCUUCAGAGAACUGGCUGGCACCCGUGUGGCUACAAGGUCACUGCACUGAGUUUGGCAGCUGAAGGCCACAGCAGCCUUGGACCAUGUAAACUGCCCCACCCUCAGAACGGUCCUCAGCUCUCACUCAUCAGUAUACAAAGCCCUUAAUAACUUGGGAACAGUUUACCUGCAACAUCGCCUUACCCUGUAUAUGCCCACUCGACUGCUUCUGUCUGUAAGAACUGCCACUUACAGUUGGCACAUAAGACUAGUGAGAAAUUGAUCUUUUGGUGUGGAGGCACCUACGCUCUGGAACUCCCUGCCUGUUGAUAACAAGCAGGCACCUUCACUCUUUUCGGUAUCUGCUAAAACAUUGCUGUUUAGAUACUUAUAUAUUUAUAAUGACAAUGCAUUUUUCAUUUAUUGCUAGUUUUAAUUUUUUUUAAUGCUUUGAUUGUUUUUACUAAUAAUCUUACUGUUUCAUUCUUUUUCUGAACGGCUUUGAGGUUCUGCAGUCAAGCAGGACAUAGAACUCACUAAUUAAAUCCCCUUGGUCAUCUUGAAACAAUUUUUUGCUGAUAAGCUGGGCACCACCAUACCAUAAAUCUUUUGACUUUUGAGGUCCUAAAAUUUCCUUUAUUGAAAGUGUCAAUAACUUUUCUCCCCUCCAAAUCCUCCCCCCCCCCACACACAUACUGGGCACAACUUCAUUUUUUCCCAUUCCCAAGCAACAAGCUGGGAUCUGCUUGAAUUGAGUUGGCCUAGUGGUUUGUCCUCCUUCCGUUUCACUCAAACCCUCUUAACCAACAGAGGUCAUCAUCUUGGCUUCUCUCCCUCCUCCUCCUUCCAGGUACCACCUUCUCAAGCUCCUUCAGAAGUUUGGCAAGGUGAAGCAAUUUGAUUUCCUUUUCCACAAGUCUGGCAUGUUGGAAGGGCAGCCCAGAGGCUACUGCUUUGUGAACUUUGAAACCAAGCAGGUAGGUUGGUUUGUCCUGAGUCAGGCCAUUGCCUCAUCUAGUUCACCAGUGUCUAUUCCAGGCUUCCCCAGCUACAACAUUAUCAUCCAUGGCUGGGGCUGGUGGAAGUUGGGGUCCCAACCACAUCUGCAGAGCACCUGGUUGAGGCAAGGUGGCUUUCCAGGGACGCAGGCAGGUGGAUUGAAUCUAGGGCUCUGCCACUGUUCUGCCUCCCCAUCCCCAAAGCUGAGGAUCACUCAGUUUAGAGCGUUCCGCAGCUUUAAGGAUUCUGGUGGGGAUGUAGGCUUGGCUGUGCCAGGUGACUGUAAUAGGCCAUCCUUCCCCAACCUGGUGUCCUCCAGAUGUUUUGCUGAACUCCCAACAAACCUUUUUUGCAGGGGAGGGGUGUGUUUCCAUAGACAUUCUCUCCCCAAGGGAGUUUCAUUGUAUAGCAAUUUUUCCUGCCCUCGGAGCUGUAUCUUUUUUGCUGGCCUUUCUGUCCGCAGGGUUGCCUUGGGAAAAUUGGAGGCGAGAGAGAUUUGCUGUGUGUUUUGGAAUGGUGCAUUGGUCGUUUUAAAAACACUCCUUGACUGCUUUCUGUUCUGGUUCUGCAAACUGCACUCAAGUGUUUAUUGGAGCUUUCUGAGCAUUGCAGGGGGUUGGACCAGAUGACCAUUGGUUCGAGUGUGUUGCUGAUAAUGCCUAGGUUGCAGGUUUGAUCCCUGUAUGGGGCAGCUGCAUAUUCCGGCAUUGCAGGGUGUUGAACUAGAUGAUCCUCAGAUUCCUUUCCAGCUCUACAGGUCCAUGAUUCCAGCUUUACAAUUUGAUGGUUCUACAAAGAGCGGCUGGGAAGAUUAAAAGUCUGGUGCAUCCUGCAGGCCACUUAGAAACCUGGGCACCUGUCAUCCCCUUAAAUUCUAUGCUGCAGCCCCUUUUGAAACGAAAACCCCCCUCAAAAGCCUGGCACUACCCAUUAGCUGCUCAGAGUAGUAACUGCCCAGAAAUAUUCAGCUGAAGCCCCUGGGAAAGGGGUUCAUUCCUUGACGGUGUUUUUCUCCUGCAGGAAGCUGAGCAGGCGAUCCAGUCCCUCAAUGGCAAGCUAGCCCUCUCCAAAAAGCUGGUGGUGCGGUGGGCUCAUGCCCAGGUCAAGGUAAGCAGAACCUGACCGUCUUCCCAAUUUAGAGAAGAGCAGGCAGCCCCUCCCAUUUCCCUGUACAGACAUACUUCAGGUUACAGAUGCUUCAGGUUGCGUUUUUUCAGGUUGCAGACCACCGAAUCCCGUAAGUACCAGAACAGGUUACUUCCGGAUUUCAGCGGUCGCGCAUGCGCAGAAGUGCUAAAUCACACUUUGUGCGUGUGCAGAAGCGCCGAAUCGCAACCCGAGCGUCCACUGUAUUACUUGUUUGUGGGUUGGGCCUGUUUCCCUUCUUGUCAAAUAAUUUCUGCUGUUUCUCUUUCCACCAACACCCCUAAUUGCCCAGAGAUAUGAUCAAAACAAGAAUGAAAAGAUACUUCCCAUCAGCCUGGAACCCUCAUCCAGCUCAGAGCCAACCCAGUCUAAUCUGAGGUGAGAAUUGUACUUUUACCAUGUCCGCAACAUGCUGUGUGCAUUGGGGUGUGUGUGUGUGCAAUUAACUGGGUUUUCUAAACCAGUUGGUGAUCUGAUACCAGAUUGGGUGUGGGGAGGGUACUCAGUCUGUUUGUGUUUGUGUGGAAUCAGAAAUCCCAUUCCAGUGAACCUGAGGUAGCUCUUUGGAUCCAGUGCCUUGGGAUCCUGGAUCUCUCUCCGCAUCUUCACCGCAACCCUGCGGAGUAGGUUAGGCUGGGAGGCAAUGAGCUUUGUAGCCAAGGAGAGAUUCGAACCUUAGCCCAGCCCCAGAGUCCUAGAUGAGGCGGGCAUCCAGAUGGCUGCUUUACGUUGGGCCCUGGGCUUCCAAGUUCUGGGUGUGAGUUUUGGUUCAUUUCUACAAUAUUUUUUUGGCUGCCUUUCAGCAGAAAACUCAGGAAAGUCUUCCACAAGGUGCAUUGCAAUAGUUUAACAUUACAGUGAUACCUCAGGUUACAUAUGCUUCAGGUUACAGACGCUUUAGGUUACAGACUCCGCUAACCCAGAAAUAGUACCUCGGGUUAAGAACUUUGCUUCAGGAUGAGAACAGAAAUCGUGCAGUGGUGGCGCGGCGGCAUUAGCUAAAGUGGUGCUUCAGGUUAAGAACAGUUUCAGGUUAAGAACAGACCUCCAGAACGAAUUAAGUACUUAACCCGAGGUACCACUGUAGUGUGUGGGAGAGGCGGGGGGUGGGGGUGGGCGGAUCUGUGACCCUUCAUGCAUUUUGGACUCAACUCCCAUCAGUUCCAGCCAGCGUGGUGAAGAGUGAUGGGAGUUGCAGUCUAGCAAAAACAUAUUUACAGAAAGCGUUGCAGGGUGCCCCGCCUCCUGAAUGAGGGUUUGUAACGCCCAAAACAGCACCUCAGAUUAUUUCUUCUUCCUUUAAAAUUUCAGGAGCACUAACUUUAAGCAGGGGCGGGGGGCAGGAAUGCCAUGGCGGUCAACAGCAUCAAAUCAGCAGUGCAGUUCCAUUCAUAAGACAAAUUCAGAAUACAUGGUAGAUCCCCAGACCACAUGGCCGGGUCACCCCUGGGGAAAAGGCUUGGUGAGUGGAUAGGGUGCACCUGGAGUUCCAGAACUGGGCCUGGAAACCACAAAUUAGCAGGGAUGUUUCCCAAGGGGUACAAUGCAUUCUCACCACCCCGUACCUGUCAGCAGGUGGGCAACAGUGUUCUGCUCUAGCUGCAAUAUAGCCUUUUGCCUUUGUAAAUACCACACCCUUCUCUGGCACCAGAACACCAAUUGGUUUUUGAGAGCUCACUUGGAUUCAGAAGCCGCUUAUCAGGUGGUUUUGCAAAGACUGUUGUUGAAGAAAAACAACUCUGAAGCUCCUAGAGGUGCGUAGUACUUGUGCUGGUUAUGAAAGCCCGCUAGGGCUUAGGAUCUGGCUGUCUGAAGGACUGCAUCCUCCCAUAAAGCCUGUCCAUGCUCUGAGAUUUUCAAGAGAGGCCCUUCUCCCCACCACCCUCACUGGCAUGCUUGGGGGGGGGGGGGGGACAUGGAAGAAGGCCUUCUCAGUGGUGUCAGCCCCCAGGCAGCUUGGAUCUCCUUGCCUAAAGCUAGACUGGCUCCUCCUUGGCUUUCAGCCAGCAGGUCUUCACAGUUUUAUACUGGCAGGCCUUUGGGAUCUGACACUUUUUAAAGGAAAGAGCUUUAACAGUGCUGUUUUCUUUUUGUUCUCUGUAUAUUAAUAGGGUUUUUUAAUUGUUUUAAUUCUACUAGAGCUUGAUUCCUUUUUAACUAUUAUCUUUUAUACAUUUUAUCUGUGUUGUUUUUAAUUUGGGUAAGCUGCCUUGAGUCCCAAUUUGAGGGAAAAGGCAGGAUACGAACGAAUCAAUAAUAAUGAUGAUGAUGACAGUUACAUGAUUCUCCAGCUCUAAGCCCCCGGCCACAUUAGAUUCUGAUUUUAAAUCAAGGCCCAGGACAGACAGGCUGACGCUUCAACCAGAUUUACUCUUCGCUUCCUCCACAGUGUCAGCACGAAGAUCAAAGCCAUUGAGGCCAAGCUGAAGAUGAUGGCGGAGAACCCGGAUGCAGAGUUCCCACCGGCAGCGCCAUAUUCCUACUUUAAGCCACCAGACAAAAAACGGAUUGCCCCAUACUCCAAAGCGGCUUGGAAGUCAAAGAGAUGAUUUGCUGUCAGAGGCAACGUCCCUUUCUGGCACUAACAAAGGUCCACCAGGAUGAAAGGCGGACUGUAUUGGAUGGGACUUCAUUGCCUCCCCAUAGAGUGUGACAUCCUGGGCUUUUCAGAACCUUCUCCUGCAUCUUCCAUUUGCACGUGGGAGCAAAUCCUCUCCUGGUGGUGUUGGUGGUGGUGGUGAUGGUGGUGACUAUGGUGGGGGACUGCAACACCACCUCCAGACCUGUAAAGAACCCAAGGUUGUUCUCAGUAGUAAAACCUGAAGCAUCUACUCCUGUGGCUAAUUCUGCAUCAAGACUCCAGAUAUAUGUGUGAGUUCUCACGCUCUCUCACAGACACACCAAACACACUCCUGCUGUAUUUCUCCACCCUGAAGAUACAGGAUCCUGAUGCAGCUAGUAGGCUAGAAAACGGUAGCUUUGACAAGCAUCUAAACAUGGGAUGAAUUAUGUGACCUCCGCAGCUGAGCCAGCCGGGUGACUCCUGUGUCUGGCACCUUGGGGACACAACCCUGAAUCCUGGCAAGAAUGGGGUGGGAUUUCUGUGCUGGGUUUUCUGCCGACGUCAGCUCAUCUGGGUGUAUGUAUCAAAACUUUCUAAUGAUUGUACAGGAAUAAACUUUAUGCAGACUUUCGAAGUGCACCUUUUGAAGCAAAAUAGUCUAAUGUGAAAUGCUUGUGAAUGCAGCAAAACUGGGCGUUUUCUGCCUUUUCAAACUUAUAAGGUCCCGAUUCUGCACCCAAAUCAUACACACUGAUCUCAUUGGUAUAUUUUACUCCUUCGUAUCAUUAUUCAUUGGGGUGGGGGAACAGCAAGAAGGUGUACAAGGUACUGAAGUUGUGUGGUCCCGUCCCCCCCCCCGCCGCAACAAACACCAAACAAAUUCAGCCACCCCACUGACCCCUUCAGUGUCACCUGGGAUUGCCCUUAUAGUUUGAAGCUUCUUCCAUCUGGAAAAGCUAAAGUCCCCUAACGUGUUUUAGAUGACAGCUAAGAUAGCCAAGAAGCAGGAUUUUGCACAAGUUUCGAUCCUCUUGCAGAAUCCUAACACACAUCCGACUCUGGCAGUGGCAAGGGCGAAUCUCCAGCACUUAAACAUUUGCUGCUAUUGCCUUGUCAGGCUGCACUGUUUACGUUGAGUGCUGAGAUGAAUAAAUUAAAAUCCUUUAAAUCAUGCAUAUAAUGUAGGUGGUUAUAAGCACUGAGAUGGCAUGCACUAUCUUGAAUGAUGUAUUCUCUCACACACAGAAUAAAUGCUGCUUCUAAGACGUUGCUACAGC